AUGGAAGAUGGUCCGGUUUUCUAUGGCUUUAAAAACAUUUUUCUUACAGUGUUUGCAACAUUUUUUUUCUUCAAGCUUUUAAUUAAAGUUUUCUUGGCUCUCCUAACCCAUUUUUAUAUCGUCAAAGGAAACAGAAAAGAGGCAGCUAGGAUAGCAGAAGAGAUCUAUGGUGGACUGUCAGACUGCUGGGCUGAUCGAUCCCCACUCCAUGAGGCCGCUGCUCAGGGGCGAUUACUGGCUCUUAAAACUUUAAUUGCACAAGGUAUCAAUGUGAAUCUUGUGACGAUUAACCGGGUCUCUUCUCUUCAUGAGGCGUGCCUUGGAGGUCAUGUGGCUUGUGCUAAAGCCUUGCUGGAAAAUGGUGCACAUGUCAAUGGACUGACAGUUCAUGGGGCCACUCCCCUCUUCAAUGCCUGCUGCAGUGGUAGUGCUGCAUGUGUUAACGUGCUGUUGGAGUUUGGAGCCAAGGCCCAGCUUGAGGUCUACCUGGCUUCACCUAUCCAUGAAGCAGUGAAGAGAGGUCACAGAGAGUGCAUGGAGAUUCUGCUGGAGAAUAAUGUUAACAUUGAGCAAGAGGUUCCUCAGCUGGGAACUCCCCUGUAUGUGGCUUGUGUUUACGAGAGAGUCGACUGUGUGAAGAAACUUCUAGAACUAGGAGCCAGUGUUGACCAUGGCCAGUGGCUGGACACCCCACUGCAUGCUGCAGCAAGGCAGUCCAGUGCGGAGGUCAUCAAUCUGCUCACUGAGUAUGGGGCUAACCUGAAACUCAGAAACUCACAGGGCAAAAGUGCUCUUGACCUUGCUGCUCCCAAAAGCAGUGUGGAGCAGGCACUCUUGCUCCAUGAAGGUCCGCCUGCUCUUUCUCAGCUUUGCCGCCUAUGUGUCCGGAAGUGCUUGGGCCGUCCAUGUCAUCAAGCAAUCUACAAGCUAGGUCUGCCAGAACCUCUGGAAAAAUUCCUCUUAUACCAAUAG